AUGACUGCUGAGAGCGGGCCGCCGCCGCCCCCGCCCCAGCCCGAAGUACUGGCAGCUGUGAAGGAGGAGAGCGGCGAGGCCGGAGAGACUGCGACCGGAGUCCCGGCGGAGGCAGCUGGCCGCGGCUCGGGCGGGCGGCGCCGCAAGCGCCCUCUGCAGCGCGGGAAGCCGCCCUACAGUUACAUCGCCCUCAUUGCCAUGGCCAUCGCUCACGCGCCGGAGCGCCGCCUCACGCUGGGCGGCAUCUACAAAUUCAUCACUGAACGCUUCCCCUUCUACCGCGACAACCCCAAAAAAUGGCAGAAUAGCAUCCGCCACAACCUCACGCUUAACGACUGCUUUCUCAAGAUCCCGCGCGAGGCCGGUCGCCCCGGCAAGGGCAACUACUGGGCACUAGACCCCAACGCUGAGGACAUGUUCGAGAGCGGCAGCUUCCUGCGCCGCCGCAAGCGCUUCAAGCGUUCAGACCUCUCCACGUACCCGGCCUACAUGCACGACGCGGCGGCCGCUGCAGCCGCAGCAGCCGCUGCCGCUGCCGCCAUCUUCCCGGGAGCCGUCCCCGCCGCGCGUCCGCCCUAUCCGAGUGCCGUCUACGCGGGCUACGCUCCUUCGUCUCUUGCCGCGCCGCCACCGGUCUACUACCCUGCCGCGUCUCCAGGCCCUUGUCGCGUCUUCGGCUUGGUUCCUGAGAGGCCGCUCAGCCCAGAGCUGGGGCCUGUGCCGUCGGGGCCAGGCGGCUCUUGCGCCUUUGCCUCGGUCGGCGCCCCCACUACUACCACCAGCUACCAGCCCACCGGCUGCACAGGGGCCCGGCCGUCUAACCCUUCAGCUUAUGCGGCCGCCUACGCGGGCACCGAGGGCUCAUACCCGCAGGGGGCUAGCAGCGCACUCUUUGCAGCUGCUGGACGCCUAACUGGACCCGCUUCGCCCUCCGCAGGUGGCAGCAGUGGCUGCAUUGAGAGCGCAGUAGACUUCUAUGGGCGCACGUCGCCCGGCCAGUUCGGAGCGCUGGGGCCCUGCUACAACCCUGGAGGGCAGCUAGGAGGGUCUAGUGGAGGCACCUACCAUGCUCGCCAUGCCCCCGCCUAUCCUGGCGGGAUAGAUCGGUUUGUGUCAGCCAUGUGA